CCAAAAUAUCCCAUACAGACAAAAGAAACUGAACGAGGCUUUUACAUUUGAAAAUGAGACCUGCUCUUGCUGUGCUUACUCUCCUCUUCCUUUUCUUGUUUGCUGCUACUAUAGAAUCAAGAAAUGAUCUAAAGGAAUAUUGGAAAACUAUUAUGAAAGAUGAAGAGAUGCCGGAAGGAAUUCAAGGGCUUCUUCAACUGAAAUCUGAAAUCGAACCUAUGAAGAACUCCAAGGCACAAGAACAACUUGCCAAAGGUAAGUGCGAUGAGCAUCCCGCAACAAACACACUAAAUAUCAUAAAAAAAAAGGUGGUCACAGAAGAAUUUCAACCAAGACCCACAAUUUCAGCUUAUGGUGAUGACAAGAUUGAUAUAAAGGUAACUGAGAAACAUAUAAAAGAUUUUGAGCCAAGGCCAAGUGGCACAAGGUAUGACGGUGAUGGUUAUAAAAGCGAGAAGCUACGAGUGUACUCUGAGUUUGAACCUAGGCCAAGUGCUACAAAGUAUGAUGGUGAUGGUGAAGGUUAUAAGACUAUUAAACUACCAGGGAAUGACGAAUUUGAACCCAUACCAAGUGUUACAAGGUAUGAUGGUGAUGGUUAUAAGAGUAUGAAACUAUCGGGGAAUGAUGAGUUUGAACCCAGACCAAGUGUUACAAGGUAUGACGGUGACGGUUAUCAGAGUACAAAACUAUCGGUGAAUAAUGAGUUUGAACCUAUACCAAGUGUUACAAAGUAUGGCGGUGAUGGUUAUAAGAAUACCAAAUUAUCGGUGAAUAGUGAGUUUGAACCCAUACCAAGUGUUACAAGUUAUGGCAGUGAUGGCUAUAAGAGUAUGAAACUACCGGUUAAUGACGAGUUUGAACCCAGACCAAGUGCUACAAAGUAUGAUGGUGAUGGUUAUCAGAGUACAAAACUAUCGGUGAACAGUGAGUUUGAACCCAUACCAAGUGUUACAAGUUAUGGCAGUGAUGGCUAUAAGAGUACAAAACUACCGGUUAAUGACGAGUUUGAACCCAGACCAAGUGCUACAAAGUAUGAUGGUGAUGGUUAUCAGAGUACAAAACUAUCGGUGAACAGUGAGUUUGAACCCAUACCAAGUGUUACAAGUUAUGGCAGUGAUGGCUAUAAGAGUAUGAAACUACCGGUUAACGACGAGUUUGAACCCAGACCAAGUGCUACAAGGUAUGACAGUGAUGAUUAUAGAAAAAUGAAACUACCGAUGAACGACGAAUUUGAACCUAGACCAAGCGUUAAAAAGUAUGAUGGUGAUAAUAACAAAAGCAAGAAGCUACAUGUGAACGACGAGUUUGAACCUAGGCCAAGUGCCACAAAGUAUAAUGACUAAAUAAAAUUAAGAAUGUAGCUGCCUUUAAAGGAUAUAAUGUGCUAUAAGUGUGUCCAAUAAUAACUCUGGUGUGAUGUAUUAUGGUCUUUGAAUAAAUAAUGUAAAAUAUUCGGUGAUUUAGAAUCAUCUUAAUAAUAAUGUGUGGUCCAUCUGUAAGUUCUAUCUCAAUUGUCAAAUCCUAAAAUUGUUAGGUUGAA